AUGAUGCAGAUCUGCGACACCUACAACCAGAAGCACUCCCUCUUCAACGCCAUGAACCGCUUCAUCGGGGCGGUGAAUAACAUGGACCAGACCGUGAUGGUGCCCAGCCUCCUGCGGGAUGUGCCCUUGCUGGAGCAGGAGCUGGACGCAGGGGUCGAAGUGGUGGUCGGAGGCAGCGGCGGCUGCCUGGAGAGAGAUCCGCAGCUGGGAGGAGGUCCCCCCAGCCCCGGCAGUGCCUCCGGAAGCUUCUUCUCGCCCAGCCGGGAUAUGUACAGCCACUACAUGCUGCUCAAGUCCAUCCGGAACGACAUCGAGUGGGGCGUCCUGCACCAGACUCCCCAGCAGGGCGACGAGACCCCCACCGGCACCUGGAAGCCCAAGGACAUUCUUAUGGACUUGAGCCUACUGGAGAAUGGAGAAGGUGGGGAGGAGGACCUGGAGAAGCAGUUUCACUAUCACCUCCGGGGACUGCACAUGGUGCUUUCCAAACUCACCCGGAAAGCCAAUAUCCUCACUAACAGAUACAAGCAGGAGAUCGGCUUCGGCAACUGGGGCCACUGAGGCAGAGGAAGCGGCGGGUGGGGGCUGGCGGCUCUCUAACGCGCGCUUCUCUUACCUCUCCUCCCCCUCCUCUCCUCUUUUUCCUCUUUUCUCUCCUAAAUAUGAUUUCUUCCUGCGCGGUGGGGCGUGUAUAAAUGAAGGGGAAGGCUGCAAGGGAAGGGGGGGAACGAGCAAGUGACUUGGGGUGGGAAGGAUGGGCGGGAGACGCAGUGUUCUGUGGUUCGCAGGUGGCGAUGGAGGACUGGGGUGUGCAGGGGAAGUUUGGUGGUUUUUUGGUGCGGGGGCAAUUGCUUGAUAGGCCGACGAGAACGUGACGGCGGCAGAAGGCAAUAAUACUUCGGGGAAGCGAUUACUGGGAAUGUCAUUUGGCUAGAGCGGUGCUAGAACUGAAUUCGGCCGCCUUCCUCCUGUUCCCAGUCAUUUACUCCACCCCCUUUCCCCCUUUGGGGAGCCGAAGGGCUGUCCGGUGGAAGCUAGGGGACCGGCCUGCAGCGGACUUAUCUUAUCCGGCUGCUCAACGAAGCUCAAGCACUCCAAGGCGUGGCGGCGCUGGCCGCCGUUGCUGGUUGUGGCGGCAGCUGGGCUGCUGGAAGAUUGCAUCAGUUUUUCCUGUUUUGCACUACUUUUUUUUUCUCUCCUUUUUUUUUUUUUGUAACAAUAGCCUGUCUUUUAAGUGUUCCGAUUCUCGUUUUCUGGUGCUCUAACUGCAGCUAAUUCUCUUGUGACAAAACGCACAAAACAGAGCACAGUCUAUCAUUAACCGGUACUACUUUUUAAUUAAUUUUCUUUCGUUGGGGUGUGCAGUUGCUCCUCCGUCCCCUUUCCACUUUUGUCUCCUGCGCCCUCACUUAAGGACUGUUGUCCGUUUCUAAAGCUGGUAACUUUGCUAGCUUGUAAGAGGCGAGGCUGCAACUAAGCCAAUGAAAAUAAUAAAAGUUGUUGUGAUAAAAUGGACCUGUUUUCCAAAAUGGAACCAACUGACAAUUCUAUAACUUAAGUAGAAAGAUGAAGGGUUCCAGUAUUGUAUAUGUAAAUGUUUAUUUAAAAGCUUUUUUAUCCAGAUGUAGAAUAUAUUCUAAGAAAAAAAAGCAAAUGUAUUAAUCUUGACAAAACUUUUUGUUGACAAAACCCUUGAAUCCCACGAAUUACUAGUUUUCAAUAAUAAUAAUUUUAAUUGAUAUUUUUAAAGCAACAAUAAAUUUUAUUUUUUCUCUGGUAUCAAAA